UUCACCCUGGCAAUAACUUUGUCCAAUCACAGACUUGCGUUUUACUACGUCAAUGGUUUUUGACGAAUCAGAACUCUUCUUGUUGCAUAGACACAACCUACCGGUGACAGGCUGAGUGCUGUAAGUUCGGCUGACCCAUCAUCAGGAUAGCAGACUGAAGAAACAAAGUCAGUAUCGCUCUGUUCAAGGCUGCGCGUGCGUUUCCCCUGUUUUGUAGCAGGAUCAUAAACCGCCCCGUUCACCUCAACUCCAGUGCUAAAGUAGCAUCAUUUCUCAAGAUGCCCCAGACAAACAAGUUCAAAUGUGCUGCAGCCAGCAGCCCUGCUCAGUCUGCUGGUCCAGACCGGGGAGAACCACUCAGAGACCCCAACGCACCUCCAGGGGACAGUGGUGGAGGGGACAACCAAGGGGACCCUCAAAUUAUUAAAUCCCCAAGUGACCCCAAACAAUACAGAUACAUUGAGCUGAGUAACGGACUGAGGGCUCUUCUGAUCUCUGAUCUGAGUGGUUUAGAUGGGAAAGCUGAAGAUGAGGAUGAUGAAGAUUCAGAAGAGGAAGAGGCAGAGGGAGAGGAAGAGGAGGGAGACUCAGGGGAAGGAACGGACGAGGAAUCUGAAGAGGAAGGGGACAGUCAGGAUAGUGACUUUGAGGAGCUGGAUGAGGAAAAUGACAGGAAGAAGAAAAAAGGAUCUGAAAAACAGUCUGCAGCGGCUCUUUGUAUUGGCGUAGGGAGUUUCAGUGACCCUAAUGACCUACCCGGCCUUGCACACUUCCUUGAACACAUGGUGUUCAUGGGCAGUGAAAAGUACCCUUCUGAAAAUGGCUUUGAUGCAUUCCUGAAAAAGCAUGGUGGCAGUGAUAAUGCUUCCACUGAUUGUGAGAGAACCGUUUUCCAAUUUGAUGUGCAGAGGAAACGCUUCAAAGAAGCCCUUGACAGAUGGGCUCAGUUUUUCAUCUGCCCUCUUAUGAUUGAAGACGCCAUUGAUCGUGAGGUCGAGGCUGUGGACAGUGAAUAUCAGCUUGCUAAGCCUUCGGACUCUCACCGUAAGGAAAUGCUUUUUGGCAGCCUAGCAAAGCCCAACCAUCCCAUGAGCAAGUUCUGCUGGGGAAAUGCGCAGACCCUGAAGACUGAACCUAAGGAAAAGAAUAUCAACGUUUACAAGCGACUCCGUGAGUUCUGGAAGAGGUACUACUCUGCCCACUAUAUGACCUUAGCUGUGCAGUCUAAAGAGAAUCUCGACACCCUUGAGGAAUGGGUCAGAGAAAUCUUCAGUCAGGUGCCCAACAAUGGGCAGGCAAAGCCUGAUUUUUCAGACCAACUGAGCCCCUUUGAAACACCUUCCUUCAACAAACUUUACCGAGUGGUGCCUGUUAGAAAAGUGCAUGCCCUCACCAUCACAUGGGCUCUACCCCCUCAAGAGAAGCAUUACAGGGUAAAGCCUUUGCAUUACAUCGCUUGGUUGAUUGGCCACGAGGGAACUGGAAGUAUUCUGUCCAUGCUUAGGAGGAAGUGCUGGGCUCUAGCUUUGUUUGGCGGAAACAGUGAAACUGGUUUUGACCAGAACACCACCUACUCAAUUUUUAGUAUCUCCAUCACUCUGACUGACGAGGGCUUCCAGAACUUCUAUGAGGUUGCUCAUCUGGUCUUCCAGUACUUGAAAAUGCUUCAGACUCUUGGGCCCCAACAAAGAAUAUAUGAAGAAAUUCAAAAGAUCGAGGCCAAUGAGUUCCACUAUCAGGAGCAGACUGAUCCUAUUGAGUAUGUGGAGGACAUCUGUGAAAACAUGCAGCUCUUCCCGAAAGAGGACUUUUUAACAGGAGACCAGCUAAUGUUUGAGUUCAAACCAGAGGUGAUCUCUGCUGCACUGAACCUCCUCACACCAGAGAAGGCCAACUUGCUCCUUUUGUCCCCCGAGCAUGAAGGCCAGUGUCCACUCAGGGAAAAGUGGUUUGGGACCCAAUACAGUGUGGAGGACAUACAGCAGCACUGGAGAGAGCUCUGGGCGGGGGAUUUCGAUUUAAACCCAAGCCUUCACCUACCUGUUGAGAAUAAGUUCAUCGCCACUGAUUUCGCCCUCAAAACCUCUGACUGUCCGGACACAGAGUACCCUGUCAGAAUAAUGAACAAUGAGAGAGGGUGUCUGUGGUACAAGAAGGACAACAAGUUCAAGAUUCCCAAAGCAUACGUGCGUUUCCACCUCAUAUCACCUGUGGUUCAGAAAUCUCCGAAAAACCUGGUGCUUUUUGACCUGUUUGUGAAUAUCCUGGUGCAUAACCUGGCGGAGCCGGCCUACGAGGCUGAUGUGGCCCAGUUAGAAUAUAAAUUGGUAGCAGGGGAGCAUGGCCUGGUCAUCAAGGUUAAGGGCUUCAACCACAAACUACCUUUGCUGUUCAACCUGAUCGUGGAUUAUCUUGCUGAUUUCUCCGCCGCUUCUGACGUAUUCAGCAUGUUUGCAGAGCAGCUGAAGAAAACCUACUUUAACAUCCUCAUCAAGCCUGAGAAGCUUGGAAAAGACGUGAGGCUUCUGAUUCUAGAGCACUCUCGUUGGUCAACCAUUCAGAAGUACCAGGCUGUUCUGGAUGGGCUCGGUGUGGAUGAGCUCAUGGAGUUUGUGAGCAGCUUCAAGUCUGAGCUGUAUGCUGAAGGACUAGUGCAAGGAAACUUUACUAGCAGUGAAUCCAUGGGGUUUCUGCAGUAUGUUACAGACAAAUUGCAAUUCAAGAAGUUGCCAGUAGAGGUCCCUGUUCUCUUCAGAGUGGUAGAGCUCCCUCAGAAACAUCAUCUCUGCAAAGUCAAGUCUCUCAACAAGGGAGAUGCAAACUCUGAGGUCACUGUGUAUUACCAGUCUGGUCCUAAGAACCUACGUGAACACACUCUGAUGGAGCUACUAGUGAUGCACAUGGAGGAGCCGUGUUUUGACUUCCUCCGAACCAAAGAGACAUUAGGAUAUCACGUCUACCCAACUUGUAGAAACACAUCAGGUGUCCUUGGAUUCUCAGUCACAGUGGAGACUCAGGCCACAAAGUUCAACACUGAGCUGGUGGAGACAAAGAUUGAGGAGUUUCUGGUGAGCUUUGGAGAGAAGAUGAACAGCUUGAGUGAUGAGGCUUUUAAGACACAGGUGACUGCUCUCGUCAAGCUGAAGGGUUGCGAAGACACCCAUCUUGGCGAGGAGGUGGACAGGAACUGGACAGAGGUGGUCACACAGCAAUACGUCUUCGACAGACUCAGCCGAGAGAUUGAUGCACUGAAACUCAUGACCAAGGCUGAACUGGUGAACUGGUUCAUGGAACACAGGGGUGAAGGCAACAGGAAGCUCAGUGUGCAUGUUGUUGGUUAUGGAGUAGAAGAAAACGACCCUCCCAGUGAGGAACAUCCGGCCACUGGAGAGGAGGAGGAGGAGGAGGAGGAGGGCAGUAAGAUGUCAUUGUAUGGGGAGGUUUCCAAACUCACCUUCCUUCCUGCUUCCACUUUACUGGCCUCAGCCACUACCAUCACAGACAUCCAGGCCUUUACUUCCACCCUCAAUCUCUUCCCUUACCACAAGAUUCUCAAAUAAACAAUAGCAUGGACUCACUCUGCCAGUUGGCAAGCAGGCACGCCCCCCCCCACCUCUAUCUUCCAUCCUCUCCUCCUGUCUACUCUGUCAUACUUGAGCAAGGAUGAGCGUGGAAUGGAGGUCUCCCCAUGCUCUCAUUCGAGCUUCAGCCGCGUGUACAUUCAUAUAAUGAGCCCUGCUGUUGAAAUGACGUUGCUGUGAAUGUUGUGUGUUUGUGUGUGCGGGCAUGGAUGGGGCUCAGUUUGGGGGUCCUGCUGCAGACGCAGAUCUCAAGGUCUCAUUAUAUCCCUCCCUGGCUGUAGUGGACCUUUAGAACAUAAUCAUGACUUAAAUUACUCAGAAUUGUGUGUAUUUUAUCAAUAGGUCUGCAGUGUUAAGUUUGUACUAAUAAAUUUAUAAUGUAAUGACACUGUGCUGAAAAGUAUGAAAUAUAUUUGAAUGAGAUGCAGUAAGAGAGAUUGCUGGACUGCUUUUUAUGUAGCCAGUUGAUACUAAGGAUGUGUAAUGAUGCUUCAGAGGUGGGCAUUUGAGCAUGCAAGACCAGAAUGAUGAUGCUUCUCUUCUCUUACUGCUAUAGCAUCAUUCUGCAUUUGGCACAACUUCGAUCUGCAAACUGAGGGAUGGCUAAUAUAACUGCUUGAAUUUAGAGUGUGCAAAUAUAUUUAUUAAAAGCACCGUAAAACUA